AGAAAUCUAGAUAUUGUCCUUAUUCCUGAUGAGUACAAGUUUGUGCUCACCACUCAUGCUCCUGCUCCUUUGAGCGCCCAAUCCACUGAAGAGAAAAGGGAGGCUCAUCGGAAGUGGCAUAAGGCUGAUGAGAUGGCUCGUUGCUACAUCUUGGCAUCUAUGUCAAAUGUUUUGCAACAGCAGCAUCACACCAUGCCUACUGCUGCUGACAUGAUGUUGAGCCUCAAGGAACUCUUUGGUGAGCAAGAUAGGGCUGCUCGGUUUGAGGCUAUGAGGAAGAUUAUGUCUUCUGUUAUGCCAGAGGGAGCUUCUGUGCGAGAGCAUGUUCUCAGGAUGAUGGAAUAUCUGAAUGAGAUAGAUGUGCUCGGAGGAAAUAUCAAUGGCGAAGCCAAGAUCGAUAUCAUCCUGCACUCGCUCCCGAAGUCCUAUGAGAACUUCUGCCUGAAUGCAAUCAUGAAUAAGAAGGGCUACACUCUAGCCGAGCUUCUUACGGACUUGGUUGCAGCGGAGGGUCUUAUGAGAAGGGGACCACAAGCUCAUGUUUCUGUACAAGCUAGAUCUUUUUCAUCGAAAGGCGGGAAGAAGAAAAAGCAAGUGCAGAAAAAAGGUGGUGGAACCAGUGGGAGCAGUGGGAGUGGUGGGAGCAAAGCAGUAGCGCCUUCUGGUGGCGUGGUGAAGCCGAAAGGCAAGUGCUUCAAGUGCAACAAGACAGGACAUUGGAAGUCAGAUUUUAUUUUUAAUGACAAUAUUGUUAUUAUGAUAAAUAACUCUUUUAUCUGUUCUGGCAUGUUGGUUAACAAUCUUUAUACUAUUACUUGUGCAUAUCAUGCUGUGACUGAGGCUCAUGCAUCUUCAUCACUAAACAAGAGAAAGGAACCUUCUCAGUCGAAUCAGACAUAUCUUUGGCACCUAAGAUUGGGUCAUGUCAAUCUAUGGAAUAUCCAAAGGCUGGUAGGUAAUGGCUUCUUGGAUUCUCUCCAAGUUGAACCAUUUCCAGUCUGCGAAUCCUGUUUGGAAGGCAAGAUGACUUCUAGGCCCUUUAAGGCCAAGGGGAAUAGGUCCAAUGAUGUGUUGGAAUUGAUUCACUCUGAUUUGUGUGGGUCUAUGUCUAUUCAAGCUAGAGGUGGUUUUGAGUAUUUCGUUACUUUCAUUGACGAUUACUCAAGAUAUGGGUACAUUUACUUGAUGGGCCGCAAGUCUGAAUGCUUUGACAAGUUCAAAGAAUUCAAGGCAGAAGCGGAGAACCUUCAAGGGAAAAGUAUCAAGUCACUUCGAUCUGAUCGUG